CUCUCGUGUGAUUUGCCAGAUACCAGAGGGAAACUGCUGCAGGCCGAAAAUAAAAUUAAAAAAAAAAAACAAAUUACACAAAAAUUAAAUUUAAAUUCAAAACCCCCAAAAUAAUUGAAAUAUCGCAGUGAUGUUCUUGUUCUGCAAUUGAUAAUGGAAGCUCUUAUAAUUUUUCUUUGUGUUCCAUUUGCGAUCUGCUUGUAUGAUUCUUCGUUGUAGUAUUUAGCAGAUUUUUAACACUUGAUUAUGGCGGACUCAAGCUCAGUUGAUGUGAUUUUGGACUUUUUAAAGAGAAAUCGCUUCACUAGAGCUGAGGCAGCACUGCGCAGUGAGCUUACGAACCAUCCUGAUUUAAAUGGAUUUCUUACUAAACUUACUCUUGAAGAUAAAGAAUCAGCAAAGGUGUUGGAAGAAGAGAGUAGAAGCAAGGCGGGAAGUAAUAAUCAGAGGCUUGGUUCUCGAAAUAGCUUUGAAAUUUCGAAUGAACUUAUUGUUAAAGAGAUAGAGUGUGGAACAGGCAGAAAUGGGACUGAAAGCAAAUGGAGGAAUUCGGCCUUGGUUGGAGAUCGAAGUGAUAAGGUUAAUGAAACAACAGUUGCAAAUGAUUCUGAGGAUACUAUGCUUGAUUUAUAUUCAUGGAAUUUUAAUUCUCGUAAUGGCCAUUCUUCUGAUCGCUAUCAAAGUGAUGUCGGUACGGUCAAUGGCAUUGAUGACUUCUCUUGUAGAUCGACAAAUAAAUCUGGAGAAGAUGUUAUUUUUUCUGGCGAGCAGAGAAAUUUGUGGCUUGGAAGUACUAGUAACGCUAAAACAGAAUCCAGUUAUGAAAGAAUUCAAACAAGCGAAGCAAAGGAACUUGAUCAGCAACUUAAGGCUACUAUUACAUACCCUACCGAUAACACGUGGUGUAGAAAUGAGGGCCCUGCUAGCUCUGCAGCAUCAUGGAAAGAUUGUCCUGUGAAGACUAUUUUUCCAUUUCCUAAGGUAGAUGUGUCAACCACUUAUGACGCCAAUACUGGUUCGGAUAAACGAGAAGGAAAGAGAAAAACAGAUAUGGCUGAUGUUAGGGUGGCAAUCAAAGAGCAGGUGGAUGAGGUUGGAAGAGCUUUAUACCUUGGAAAGUCUCAAGGGAGUACAGACAAAAAUAACUUAACUGGUUUGAGUUUUUCGCUUCCAUCUGAUAAUUCAAAGGAAGAAUUUCCAAGGCUUCCACCUGUUAAACUCAAGUCAGAGGACAAGCCUUUGAAUGUUAAUUGGCAGGAAAAAUUUGACUGUGAUGGGCCGGGUAUGAAACACAGCGGUGCUGAUAAUGCCUUCCUUAUUGGGUCAUAUCUUGAUGUUCCUAUUGGACAAGAAAUUAACUCUUCAGGUGGAAAAAGGAUUGCAGGUGGCAGCUGGCUAUCUGUGAGUCAAGGAAUUGCUGAAGAUACAUCUGAUUUAGUUUCUGGUUUUGCUACUGUUGGUGAUGGAUUAAGUGAAUCAAUUGAUUAUCCAAAUGAAUAUUGGGAUUCCGAUGAGUAUGACGAUGAUGAUGAUGUUGGAUACAUGAGGCAGCCAAUUGAGGAUGAGGCCUGGUUUCUGGCCCAUGAAAUUGAUUAUCCAAGUGACAAUGAAAAGGGAACAGGGCAUGGGAGUGUGCCAGAUCCACAGGAAAGGGGUCCUGCCAAGGAUGAGGAUGAUGAUCAAUCAUUUGCUGAAGAGGACUCUUACUUCUCUGGUGAGCAGUAUUUUCAAUCAAAAAGUGUUGAACCAAUUACAGCUUCAGAUGAUCCUAUUGGAUUGUCAGUGACUGAAAUGUAUAGAAGGACCGAUGAGACUGAUUUAAUAGCUCAUUAUGACGGGCAAUUAAUGGAUGAAGAAGAAUUAAAUUUGAUGCGUGCCGAACCUGUCUGGCAGGGAUUUGUUACUCAGACAAAUGAACUAAUCAUGCUAGGAGAUGGGAAGACCUUAAAUGACUCUGGAAGACCACGACUGGAGGAUAUAUGCGUGGAUGAUGAUCAACAUGGAUCGGUUAGAUCAAUUGGUGUUGGUAUCAAUAGUGAUGCUGCUGAUUUUGGCAGUGAAAGACGGGAAAGUUUGGUUGGAGGCAGUAGUGAAGGGGAUAUAGAGUACUUUCAUGAGCAUGAUAUUGGAAUUGGUGGUUUGAGAUCCUCUCUUCAAGAAUCAGACAAGAAUUAUGGUGAUAGAGAGAAUAGGGAUAAAAAAAGAAUUAGCAAACAUGAUUCAAAUAAAUAUGUUGUUGUAAAUGAGAAAGUUGCAUCUUCCCAGGUGAAAAAUUUGAGGGAGGGCGGAUUCUCAUUUCCUCCGCCAUUGAGGGAUGGGCAGUUGGUGCAGGCAGGGUCUGGCAAAUCUUUAUGGUCAAAAAACAGUAAAUCAAUUGUUGGGGUUCAGACUGAUGACCAUAUGAAUGCUUCCGUGGGGACUGAUGACAUGAUGGCUACAUGGAGGCAGAAAAGCAGUGAUUCUUCAACUGGAAAAAGUUCUGGGGAUGAUAAUAAUGUCAAUGCUGUCAGAUCUGCAGAUUCUUCGCCGUCUACACUCUCAGAUUAUGGUUAUGUGGAACAAGAGCAUGCUAAAAAAGAAGAGAAUGAGAAAAUUGGCAUUGCAAAGGAAGAAGAUCCUGGGGCUUCUUUAGAGGAUGAAGAGGUAGCUGCUGUUCAAGAACAAGUAAGGCAAAUCAAGGCGCAAGAGGAGGAAUUUGAAACGUUCAACCUUAAGAUUGUGCAUAGAAAAAACAGAACUGGCUUUGAGGAGGAUAAGAACUUCCAUGUUGUUCUGAAUUCUGUUCUCGCUGGGCGCUAUCAUGUCACUGAAUACCUUGGAUCAGCUGCUUUUAGCAAGGCUAUACAAGCACAUGACCUGCACACAGGCAUGGAUGUUUGUGUUAAAAUCAUAAAGAACAACAAGGACUUCUUUGAUCAGAGUCUUGAUGAGAUAAAGCUUCUCAAGUAUGUGAACAAGCAUGAUCCUGCCGACAAGUACCACUUACUCAGAUUGUAUGAUUACUUCUAUUAUCGAGAGCAUUUGUUAAUUGUAUGUGAGCUUCUGAAGGCAAAUUUGUAUGAAUUCCACAAGUUCAAUAGAGAAUCUGGAGGAGAGGUGUACUUUACAAUGCCAAGAUUGCAGUCCAUUACCAUUCAAUGUUUGGAGGCACUUCACUUUUUGCACGGACUUGGUCUUAUACACUGUGAUUUAAAGCCUGAGAAUAUAUUGGUGAAAAGCUAUAGUAGAUGUGAGGUGAAAGUGAUUGAUCUUGGGAGUAGCUGUUUUGAGACAGAUCAUCUUUGCUCCUAUGUUCAGUCCAGAUCUUAUCGUGCACCAGAGGUUAUAAUGGGACUUCCUUAUGAUAAGAAGAUAGAUAUCUGGUCUCUUGGAUGCAUCUUGGCUGAACUUUGUACAGGCAAUGUACUUUUCCAAAAUGAUUCACCAGCAACACUACUGGCUCGAGUUAUUGGGAUUAUAGGUCCCAUCGAUCAAAUUAUGCUAGCUAAGGGGCGAGAUACCUACAAGUACUUUACAAAAAAUCACAUGCUUUAUGAGCGAAAUCAGGAAACAAACAGAUUGGAAUACCUAAUACCAAAAAAGACAUCGUUGAGGCAUAGAUUGCCGAUGGGAGAUCAAGGUUUCAUAGACUUUGUCGCCCAUUUGCUUGAAGUAAACCCAAGAAAGCGUCCUUCAGCUUCAGAGGCUCUGAAGCACCCGUGGCUGUCAUACCCUUACGAACCAAUAUCAGCUUGAAGUGAUUGAUGAUUUCUUGGUGCAGGUGCAUUAUGCUUAGUGUAAAUGUGUUAUUGGAAGAAAGGAGCAGCUGAUACUGGUAAUCUAUUUUUCUAAAAAUUAAUUUUCCGAAAUGUUUUCGCUCCUUAAUGAACCUGCAUGCAUUGAAAAAUGUGUUUGGUUUUGUGGGUGAAUCUAUCUUCUGCUCUCCUUACCAAGUUGUAUCCUAAAUUUACAGUAAUCAAGAAUGUAAUUUUCACAAAUUUGUAGUUUUUUUUUCUUUUCUUUCCCUGGGUUGUUUUAUCUGGUAGAAGGGGGAUCUUAAGCUUUGAUGUACAUGAAGUGUGACAAAUUAUUUUAGAUUUAGUAGUAGCAUGUUGAGGUGGCUGCUUAUCCUAUAUUUAAUGCAUGGCUCUAGGCAGUUUAUUGCACUUAAAAGACUCGGAGUUAAUGGAAGCUCGAACUCAAUGAAUCAGAUCAUUUUACUUGAUUUGAUUCGGUUAUUCGGUUCGACUUAUAAAUGCAGUUUAGUUUGGUUUAUUUUUAA